AUUUCAUACACGGCAUGCCUCCGGUAAAGGACGAGUCAAUACAGGAAACAAAUUGCCUGGAAAUUAUAAAUAUUGUGGAGAAAAGUCCCGCAAAAAGCACAUUGGUUGAUGUAAGGGCUUGCAACAAACCUGCCACCAAGUGUUAGUUACAGUGCGUCACGUGGGCAGCUGGUUAUGUUUUUUGUGUACACGAUUAGUUAAGAUGCACAGGACUGUCUAGUGUGAGUGCCUCUAUGUAGUGCAUGCUUUAGCACCUGAACACGGAUACAUCAUGACUAAUUCACAGGUCUGGUUCCGCGGCGUGAGGAGCUCCAAGUUCCGCCAUGUGUACGGCGUGCCCUCAAAGCGGGAGCGCUGCUAUGACAACAUCAAGAUCACCAGGAACGCGCAUGAUUCCAACUUCUGCGCCGUCAAUCCAAAGUUCGUGGCAAUUGUCACUGAGGUCGCGGGUGGAGGCGCGUUCCUCGUCUUGCCUUUGGAUCAUACCGGACGCCUAGACUUCAACGCGAGCCGCGUCACGGGCCACAAAGGCCCAGUCCUCGACAUCAAGUGGAACCCCUUCAAUGAUAACAUCAUCGCGUCGUGUUCCGAUGACUGCACGGUGAAAUUAUGGCACAUACCCGACGGCGGUCUGUCCAUGCAUCUGACAGAUUGGUUGGUGGAUCUCCACGGACACAAGCGCAGAGUAGCGUAUAUCGAGUGGCACCCUACCGCCGAAAACAUACUACUGAGCGCUGGCUUUGACUACUUGAUCUUCGUCUGGGACGUGGGCAAGGGCGAGGCGGUAAAGGUGAUCGACUGCCACAGCGACGUGAUCUACUGCAUGUCGUUCAACCGCGACGGCUCGCUACUGGCCACCACCAGCAAGGACAAGAAGCUGCGAGUCAUUGAACCGAGGAGCGGGAUCGUGCUAUCCGAAGGCCCCUGCCACCUAGGCACCAAAGCGUCCAAGUGCACAUUCCUUGGCAGCUCAGGCAAAGUCCUGACGACAGGAUUCUCUCGCUACAGCGACCGACAGUACGCGAUCUGGGACCAACACAACUUGGAGAAACCUCUGGCCUGUGAGACCAUCGACAGCUCUUCAGGCGUCGUGUUCCCCUACUACGACUAUGAUACUAAUAUGGUUUACCUUGCGGGCAAGGGAGACGGGAACAUCCGAUACUACGAAGUGGUCGACGAGGCUCCGUACGUGCACUUCCUCAACCAGUUUCUAUCUGGCAACCCUCAACGAGGCCUAGGCUUUAUGCCGAAACGCGGCGUGAACACGGCGCUGUGCGAGGUGUUCCGCUUCUACAAGCUGCACACGUCCCGCGGGCUGUGCGAGCCCAUCGCCAUGAUCGUGCCACGCAAGUCCGACUGCUUCCAGGAGGACCUGUACCCGGACACGGCGGCGCCGCUGCCGGCGCUGGCGGCGCGGGACUGGCUGAGCGGCAUCAACGCGCCGCCGCUGCUCAUUAGCAUGAAGACUGGAGUAACAAUAUCGACGCACAAGCCACGCACCAGCAACAAGGACGCGCCAGCGCUACAGCCACAGGACGCCAACAACCGCAAGAAGUUCGCCUUCCUCUCCCGGGAGACCACGCCCGACUACCGGCCUCUAGCUACUUGGCAGGAGAACCACGCCAACAUCGACAACGACAUACAGAUGCAGGUGAUAGAGAAGUCCCAGAAAACGAGCGCGAACCAGAACACAAAGUUCCACCAGCUACAGAAAAUGUUCGGCAAGCAGGGCGGCGAGGCCGAGCCCGUGCCGCUCUACAAGCAGAUCAACCAGGGCGACGUGUUCAGCACAGAGAAUGAGCUGCGGCUCGCAUUCAACCAGCAAGGCGAGGAGCUGCGCAUCGUGAAGCGGCAGCUGCAGAACAGCCAGCUGCGCGUGCGCGAGCUCGAGCAGGCCGUCGCCGUGCUGCAGGCGCAGGCGCACAUGCAGCGCGACGCCAACUAAACAACACCACACACACAAGCGCACAACCACAACCACAUUGUAAACCGCGGUGAACGUCAACUAGUGGCGAGGCAGAGAUCAUUUUUUUGCUUUUAAAUCUUUUUACUUAUAAAUGUUUGAUCGCCGAGCACAAAAAAAUCUUUCUUGAUUCUUGAGUUUAUAUACACGUGGACCGUGGCUAAAAAUAAGUGCAUUCUCGUUGCCAGGGAGGUUUUAGGAUUAUACUGAGCUACUUUUACUAUGAUGGGACGAACCCCGAAAUCACGAAAAAAAAUUUGGCUGUUUCAUACAUGUUGGCUGGUCUAUUUUCUAUGGGAGGGUAAAAUUUUUUUCGGGAUUUCGUGGUUGGUCCCGUAGUAAAAGUUGCUCAGUAUAAUUCCAAAACCCCCCUGGCAACGGGAAUGCAUUUAUUUUUUAGCCACCCUGUAGAAUUUCCGAAAAACAUUCGUGGUCACAUUUAAACAGAAAUGGUACUAGACUAUUAGACUUUCUAGCCACAAACGUCUGUGCCUGUAGAUAUCAAACUGUAGGUCCUGGACUUCUGCCUAAUAACCGGAAAUGCCAUGAAAAAAUAUAACCGGUUCUUAAAAAUGUGACCACGGAAAUGAGACGAUUGAAACACUAAUUAGUCACAAGAGCGAUAACAUGGUCGCGUUAUUAUCGCCUGUCACGUUCUAACAAGUAUAUAAGUGACGCAUGAAACGACAGACGAUAAAAGGCGACAAUGAAAUGAAUAUAAUGAUACGCCUUUUAACUACAUCAUCAUCAUAUCAGCCCUUUAUCGCCCACUGCUGAGCAUAGGCCUCUCUUCUAGUACGCCACUUGUCCCGGUCCUGAGCUAAUCUCAUCCAGAAGUGACCUGCCACUAAGUCUAGUAAUCUCUGUCUAACCGCCGCUACGUUACGUGUAACAAGAUAUUACAGUCUGAGCCUCUUUUGGGAGCUGGUUGAAGGAUUAACCUUAUACAAGGUUUGAGAGUGAUAAUAAUGUGACUUACGUUAGCUUAAACGGAAGUGUUUUUUAGCUUUUAGAGAAUGCCAAAUGAAACGAAUGCGACAGUAGAUAGGAUUUCUCAAAAGAUCUCAUUAGCAACUCUAUAAUCGAUCUAUCAUUCCAUCUCAACUUCUAGAGUCUACUUGUAUUGUAGUACGACUACGUUAGAAAUGAAAAUAAGUACAAGUUUACAAUGUGCGAUGUCUUAAUGUUGUACUUGCUCAUGCUGCUAUUAUUUGCUAGUGAGAACAUUAUGACUUAAGACGCCAUGACCUCUCUGAUAGCCGUAAAGACGCUUAGUGUAUGAUGUAAAUUGUCUUGUCAUUUUGUCACAAGUUCUACAAAGUAAAUGCUCAAUGGCCACAUCAGUAGAAAAAUGUAGGUCUAUGUGUGCACUUUUUAUGCUUAAAAUCUUUGUGAUGGCGGCUUCCAAAAAUUUAAACUUACAUCCAGUAUUAGGGGCUAUUAAAUAAAUACCUAAAGGAUGAUUGUGGACAAUUUAAAAUUAUACAAACCUCUCAAUUUGAACAUUACAACGGAAAAAUAUAUGCUAUCGUGGGAUGGAUGUACAUUCCAAUUGGCCUCUUACGUAAGCAAUGAUAAUGGAUCAUCUCUUUUAAUUGAAAUUUCCACAGUUAGCCAAUAAGUUGCCAAAAUAUAUGUUGUAAAUUUUAGAAAUGUUACUUUGUGUAUUGUGUUGCAAGCUUUUUAUUUCGCCACGACGAAUCUAAUCUUAAAUUAUCACAAAACGAUGUUUAUAUGUGUAUCUGUUGAUACUGUAUUUCUUUAUUGAUAAUGAUUUACAUUCUUUUAUUAGUGAUUUUAUAGUUUUGAUAAUUAGUUAUUAUGUUUACAAUUAAUGUGCAAUUCAAAUUAGGGUGAAAAAGUUAUGGUUUGUUAAGAUCAUAUAAAGAGAGGCACCUUUUUAAGAGGCACAUGAUAAAUUUUAUUCCAAGUGUUACAGUUAAGUUGACAUUUUGUUAGUGAUUGUUUUAAGAGUCUGAUUUUGAUAAUAGUGUUACCUGUUAUUUUAUAAUUACGAUGUGUAUGUGCUUUCUAUGUAGUUUUUAUAACAUUUCACUGUAUUAUUUCAGUUUAAUGCAUUUAACUUUUGUUGUAAGUAUGCAAUGAAAUAAGUCCUAAAUGAAUCUAUUUUAGUGCAAGCAAGUAAUACACAAUUGGGAAUGGUAAAGUUACCAGUUUCAUUAAAAAGUUAAUCUUAUAGUUAAAAAUAAACCUUGUAUUUUUAAGGAGCUAGUGUUUUUCAAAGAUCUUCUGACUAUUGAAACUUCUAACAUGACUAGGAAUUUAAAAGUAUGACGUAGCGUACUAGCUUAGCAUUGGAUUUAUAAACAAUUUGAUAUAACUUUACUAUUCAAAAGGCCCAAACGACUCAAAAAUAACGGUACUAAACAUUUACAUUCCAAUUUCAGUCUAAAAGGCAUAAUUAUUGUAGUAAUAAUAAUGAAAGUAUUAUUGUGCAUUAGCUGGUUUGAUUACUUACUCGGCUAAAGUCAGUGUUAAUAUUUAUUAUGUAUUUUUAUAUCAUGCUUGUGUAGCACAAAUUUUCAAAUAAAUGUUUGAACAGUA